CCCUUUACCAUUGGGGCACAUUUAUGAAUGUUUCAGCAACGUGGAACAUUUUGACAGUCUGAGGUUGUUCAUCGUAGUUUCAGUUCCUACUUUCAUGAUAUCCUACUCUUCCAUAAUAGACAGUGAAUUUUAAUAUUUAGCGUAGGCUGGUUUGCAUAAUAUUUUUCUUCCGAUCUUCAGCCGGACUCAUGAACGGCCAACAACAGCCUUACACAUGUUGGUUUUCUCUCAUAAUCGCUCUUGUUAGACGAUAUCCGUCUGCAAGUAGUGGAUCUCAAUACUUUUUAAGUGACAAGAGGGCACAUUCGUGUAUACCUGAUACGUAAGACUUUCAUGUAUUUAUGUGCGAGGAGUAAGUCCUAGAUGUUUUGAGUUUGUCAGUAACCUAGGUAUUGUAAGCUCAAAAUUUCGUUCCCCGGUUAUUUUUCCAUUGGGUAUUUACUUAGGAAUGGCUUCGUAAUACGAAUCAUGAGUGGACUAUUGGAGAUUUUCAGUAUGAAUUUUUAAUUUGGUGCAUUUUCAAUGUAAGUUAGAUAUGCUCAAGUAGUUGAUUAUUGUCCAGAUCCUGGUCACUUAUAGAGGAUAAUUCGAUAUUUCUUAAAACAGUGGAAAUUCGCACGAAAUGUGUUUGUUAAAAAAAGGUCGUUGUACAAAUGCCAUUCUCGUAGUCGUUUCACUUGAUAUGACUUAUUGCAUGUAAAUGCGUUCUGUGUAUUUACUGGGCUACCACCGCCAGCACUGUGCGAUACUCUAGGUUAUUUUUAAGGACAUCUACGGACGAUACAAAGUUUUGUGCUACGAGAAGAGUUUGAGUCCGUCAUUGAUGUUGGACGUGGAAACUAAGUUGAACUUUGAUUUAGCGUUUAUUAUAUAAAUACAUAAAAGACAAACGAAUCCAACUGGAUGUUGUUUACAUUUACGAUUACGCUAAUUUGGUACGGCUUACUUAUUGCAGAAAGACAGGUUGAUUAUUGCUUUGGCUUCUAAUGUUCUAGUUUAUUCAGUUUAGCCCUCAUCUGUCCAAAUAUUUAAAAAGUUUGGUGUGGAUCCUGAAAUACUCAUUCCAUACAGGGGUAGUCUGCAAAGCGAAUGAUCCUGUACAAUGGAGUAAAGUGUAGUUCAUCAUCAUCGGUCCCCCUAAACUGGCAAUCCUACUUGGAUACCCUAUCUUCUGUUAGAGUGGUGUUCUAGUUAAGUUUAAACGGACUGGUUAUAGAUGUGUCAUUCGAAAUUUUGGACAUAUGACUAUCCUUUUUUAUCUUUCACAACAAUAAAGGUUUCAUGGUAUUGUUAAUGUGUACGAGAAAUGCUAUUUAGCUUACAAAGCUUUAAGCGUUUCUUGUGAUAACUGACUAAAAGGAAUAGAGAAGCAAUUGGUGUACGGGUACAGCAUUAUCAAUAAUUUGCCCGCUUGUUUCUCCUUAGUGUGCGCCUGUAGUGGUAGCUCAUUAGCUUAAAUACUCAACUAUUAGACUGUCGCUGGUCCGAUUCCCACUUCACCUACUUUAUUCCGGAUUAGUAUUAUCAUUCAUAUAACAUGUGUGGUCCAUAAACUGACACAAAAAGUCUCUUCCGAAUAACAGUUCUAGUCGAUUGAUAUUCGGUUGCAUAUGGCACUGAAUCUAUAUCAUUAUAAGUCAUAACGUCUUGUCUUUCAAACGAUGAGAAGUAAAGAUUACCUCAUACUUUUUGUGGUCCAUUAGGUUCUAGUUGAAUCGAAACAAGUCCUUUUGAUAUCUCUACACUAGACAAACAAGUCUUCUCAAAUUUUUUUUAUAGAUUGUCUGUACAGGAAAUGAAUGUUUAAGCAGUCCUAUGCACAUAUACCUGUCACCAUUUGCACUUAAUUCCAUCAUAGGUGUAGAUGAUGGUGACUCUGGUGGACUCAACUUGCCGGAAUCGACUUGUCACCGAUGAAGUCUCUUUAAUUUGGAACAAGCAGAUAGUAGUCCUUUAAAAUAAAGACACUAUUUCAAAUGCGGGAUGGUGGUGUAAUUGGUUUGUUUAAGCAUAUACAGGGAGAUGUUUGAUUGUAUCGACCACUUUGCUCAUAUAGGAAGUGCGAUCAACCCUCAUGGACUGAUUGCUGACGAAAUCUCAUCAUGGAUACGAAAGUUUCACUUAACAUUUGCGUCAUCUUCGGCACAAGCGUGAUAUCCAGCUAUCUACAAAGGGAUAUGUCUCCUGUGCAACACUUCGCCCUGUUCUUGAUGGUUACCAGAUAUGGAAGUUAUGAAAAGACUAGCCAUUUUGACCACAGGUAGCCACAUUCCAUAGUAGUAUGGUAAUUAAUAACGUGGUUAGCAUAGAUUGUUAGGUGACGAUGGGAAGUCAACCGACGAGGCUGUUAGGCUGCAUUGUUUGAGCAUGCCAAGCCAUCGCCUGUGUUUACGUGUGAUAGCUGAAACAGGAUUCAGUUAGGGAAAGGUUUUAUCCUUAACUCCUGAAAAGUUAUUGAAGUUUUACCCUUCGAAGGGAUUAGUCUAAUUGCAUCGAAUAUAUUUUAUUUGCAGGUUAUUAGUACUUUCUCCUCAGUUUUUACAACAAACCCUAUGAUGGGAGGCUUCAAGAUGAGUAUUGCUGUCAUGUUUAAAUGUUUGGUUAUCUCCUCACUAGAUACAGACAUGUUAUUUUACACUGAUAAGACAGAUGCGUAAAAGCUUUGCAGAUGCUUUUUCCUUUUAAAUCUUUUAAGUCUCAGGCAUAUACUCUCAACGCUUUACUGGAGGCCACGCAAAUCUCCGGGAAUUUAUCACAACUUUUCACCGAUAGCAAAGUGGUUUAUUUGUGAAUCCAAUAAAAUUCAUUGAUUUUUCGCUUUCUAUUACGAUAUGGCAACCUGGGAUGAGGUACGAGAACUUGCCAACAAGCUCAAGAAAGCACAAGAUCAACCGAAUAUCUGCAGACUUUCUGAUAGAACAUGGGUUGACAUUAUCCGACAUUUGAUUUCUGUCAACAGAUUGAAGUUGAUCUUUUCAAAUGAUGGACGCUCAUAUUUAACUCGAAGUGAACUUGAUAAAGAGAUACGCGAUGAAGUUGAAGCACAUUCUGGUCGAAUAUCGCUUACUGAACUAGCAUCAAAUCUUGAUGUGGAUUUCGAAAUUAUUGAGUCUAGAGUUCUUGAAUUGAUAGCUGCAGAUGUCCAGUGUAAAUCACCGUGUCGUCUGAUGAGUAUACCAAGUGAAGUUGUUAACAGUUCCUAUGUCCGACGUGUAGCUCAUGAAAUUCUGGAUAGACUAGAAGAACAAGGUCAAACAAGCAUUGGUGAACUAACAACUAUAUUUGGUUUACCCACAACAUUUAUAUCGAAUAUUAUGCAAGAGUAUCAAAGUACUUUAUUUCGUGUGCAUAAAUAUGGAGAGAAGUACUUCACAGAUACAUUUCUCAAUGCUACUAAGGCGAAAAUCAGAGGGUAUCUCACGGGUGUUGUUCGUCCGGUUACAUUAAGUUCAGUUGCUACAAAACUUCAAGUACCUGAGAAUAUUGUCAGCAGUUCAGUUGCAAGUUUUAUAAGCACUGGUCGAUUGUGUGGCAGUCUUAUUGCCAACCGGAGUACAUUUGUUCCCCAGUGUUAUACUCACGCUGAAGAUACAUACAUCAAUUCAUUUUACACACAGAAUGGAUAUGUUGAGUGGAGUUAUUUAAAACGACUUAAGAUUGCUGAUCCAGGCUCCUAUUUAAGGACUAAAAUUCCCACUGCUGUACAUCUUCCAGGUCUAACAGUUAACGCCUUAAUUGUUGAUCAAUUAAAAGCCCUCAUUGCCGGUAUUAUUCGUGAUGUAUCUUGGAUAGAUCUGUCGCCUUAUAUUCCAAGUGGAUUAGAUUCAAAUGAAAGGUUCACACUUGUUAAUCCUUUGUUGAAAAACUUACCCGUGAAAUUGAUUGAUGAUGCAUACGUAAUUUCUGAUAAAUUUAUUGAAAAUUGUGCAUCUUAUCUGGAUACAUAUGCGAAGAAAAAAGCACAAACUGCCUUCCAUAGUGAACGUAGUGUAAUCCUGUCAAGUCCAGUGCAACAACAGUCGACAGAAGUCAAUGCAACUUCAAAACAAGGUGGUACAUCAUCUAAAGGUGGAUUUGGUUUCGGUGCCCGUGAAAUUAAAACUAAAAAUGUUAAGAAAAAGUAUAAUCCAAGUAAGCGUAAGGCUGAUGCUCAUGCAUCAGCAAAUAAUGUGGCAGAAAAUGAUGUCACCGGUGAUUCUAGUGAUUCUUCAUCCCUUAUCAAAGAAAUAUUUGCUCGUUAUAUCCUGAUAGAUGAAGUCAAAAGUAUUUUAUCUCCACAGUUACCAAAUGAUGUUCCAGAUGAUGUCAUUGAUCAAAUUUCUGACCUAUUAAUGCCUUCCUUACAACAGUCAUUCACACGGCAUAUUAAUUCCUUAAUAUCGCCUAGUGCAGAUACUGCUUUUGAUCGUCAGAAAAGAAUACAAACACAAGAAGUGGUGAAUAGUAUGCUUCUCAGUGUACAGCUGUUGGAGAAAGGGAUUUCAGCAGUAACUCGUGCCUCCCUAAAACGCCAACUACUAAUGCAUCUUUUGAAGAAUCAUGGUUUACUUAUUCUCCGACCAAUCUGUGAUCAUAUUGCUUACGAAUUCGGAAUUGCCUGGCCCGAAUUGACGGCUGCUAUUCGCAAAACUGACCAGUCAAAUCUAAAGGCGUCUGAUUCAACUGAUGAUGCUGAUAACCUUACCAGUUCAAAUGUUGUUGAACCUUUAAGCAUUGAAUCAUUUCAUCGUUUAAUCGAUCUGUUGAAACGUACCAGCCUACCGGAUGCAAUUCUCUUAAGCAGUGCCAUACAACAGGUUCUGGAUAGUUUGAAAAUCGGUCAAGAUAAUCUCAACUCGCUUAGUGUAUUCUAUUCUUCACUGGAAAAUCUAUCAGUCAACAAUCUCGGCUUAACCAUCCCCGUAUUCCGUUCAUCGGAUAAUAAACGUGGACGUGAUGAACGACUCAAAUCGAAUGAAUUAGCUAUACAAUAUGAAAUGCUGUUAAAAGAGUCUGUGUUGGAUGUGAAAACCUCUACUGAGCCACUGAAAACAAUUACAAAUGCAACUUUAGCUGCCACCUGUUUAUUCGCUCAAAUUAUUAUCGGUUGGCCUGUAACAGCACCUGGGAAAUGUGUACCAGAGUUAAUUGAAUGGUUGUUUGAAGCUUCCAAAUUGAACGAAGAAAAUGUAGACAAAAACGAUAAUGAUAGUAAAUCAAAUCAAUCGCAUUCAACAGCUUUAAAGCUACUCCAGUCUUCUACAGUUUUGAAUGAUUUGAGUAAACUUGCUGCAUAUAUCUCGGAGAAAGUACGCUCUGGGCAUGCUUCUGAAGAUGAAUCCAAUAUUCAUGCCUAUCUGAAAAAUAUGUUAGAAGUAGGCAGUCAAUGUAGAAAACAAUUGUAUGUCUAACAUACUCCCGGAGGAGAGGAUUCUUCGCUAUUAAUUCAUUUCCAGUCUUUCUCUUUUCUUCCGUAUUUAUUUGUCUUUCUUUCUAUGGUGGACAGUUUUUCACUCAUUUAAACAAUUUCAGUAUAUUUUUUUGCAGAAUAUAUAUUUCUUCUACUUUUGAACUGUUCAGUUAUCGCUAGUUAUUAAAGGAAAGCGGUUGGUUCUGUAACCAUAA